AUCAACCGAAUAAUAUAUUUGAAUCUAUGCCAAAAAUAUAUUAGGCCCUGAGCCAAAAAUAUAUCCAUUUGAAUUUAAGAAUCAUUUCUCUGCGUGUAAGUAACAUCGAAAACUAUUUUGAUCGGAAGGUGAUUACGUCAAAAAGCAAUUUGACUGGUAAAUACAUUUAAAAAUGGAAUGUGAUCCUAUAUUCGGACAGUAUAUAGUGUAAUAGCAGGAGCAUCGAUUGACACUGAUAGCUCGACUUUGUUUACCUUUGUUACAUUCGACGUAAUGAAAAUUUGCUCUUGAUAUCUGGGUUAGUAUCUGGCAAGACGAUUGAAAAUCUGGAAAAUCAAAUAAAUCAGGAAUACUGGCAACGCUGUCUCGUUUUAUGCCCGUAGAGACAACCGACACUCAUCCCAUUUUGAGUAUUUUGCUACCCACAGUAUUUAUUGUACCGUCCCUGUAUUCAUAAUAUGCUACUCGACGCAGGUAUAAAACCACCCUCGACGGUCGAAAUGUCAUCAUUACAGUUUCAGCAUCGAACUGUUCGUGUCGUUCGUUGCAUUAUGUCUGGACGUGGAAAAGGAGGCAAAGUCAAGGGAAAGACAAAGUCCCGUUCGAGCCGCGCUGGAUUGCAGUUUCCAGUCGGUCGUAUUCACCGUCUACUCCGAAAGGGCAACUAUUCCGAGCGUGUUGGAGCCGGUGCUCCCGUCUACCUGGCUGCCGUAAUGGAGUAUCUGGCCGCUGAAGUUCUCGAGUUGGCAGGAAAUGCCGCUCGUGACAACAAGAAAACCCGAAUUAUCCCACGUCACCUGCAGUUGGCCAUCCGCAACGACGAAGAGCUGAACAAACUUCUUUCCGGAGUGACCAUCGCUCAGGGUGGUGUCUUACCAAACAUCCAGGCCGUCCUGUUGCCCAAGAAGACCGAAAAGAAGGCCUAAAUUCGAUCCAAGUUCCUACCCUUUAACAAAAUCCGUCCUUUUCAGGACGACCAAUUUGAUGGUAAAGAGUUUCGUUUUCAAAACAGUUUCCUUCGUGGUGCGCAAGGAGUGAUAAAAUGAAUCCAUUAAAAACAUGGUUGAAUCUUUCUGUCAUGCUCUCCCUAGUUAAUUGAUAUCCUCAUCGAGUAGGUUCGAUGAUGGUUGAUGGGCCCAAUCUUAGAUCCAUUUCCCCUACCUUGCAGAGCUGCGGUGGCCCUGGACUUAUGGCCUACAUUGAUGCAGC